AUGUCAUCGGCAUUGCCGCCGCCAACGUGCAAGGCCAAUGCCUCUUCCCAAGCCGUGAAGAGCGCCGCGUCGCUGACUUUGAGCUAUACGCCGGCACUGAAUGACGGUGCAUCAGGCACAGUUCCGUUGACUCACCGCCGACCCGUCCUUUCACUACUGGCAGCAGAUGCGCGCGUUGUCGCGCCCGCUGCUCCCAACAUAGUGUCCGCUCUCAUCGCCUCUGGCAUACGUCACAGGGGGACACCAUGCUGGGCGCAGAUCCGAUGCGCGUCGCUCUAUGUAUUGGUGUCGGCUCUCGAGGUGCAGGUGCUUCUGUCUGCGGCCGUGCUCUGGCUCGCACUCCCCGGAGUCGCGCUUCUGCCCUGGUUGUGUCUGGAGACGGCCUUGAUCUGGGUCCUCGCCAGGGCUCUGAACAGGGAAGGGCAUACCUUUGUCCACGUGGCCGACACGACUAAAGGUGGCUUUAUGAGUGACCAAAGCGUGCACUGGAUUGUGGUGGGCGGUAUGGACGUCACGCAGCACCAGAUGCGCCGGACCACGCUUCCCAGGCUCGCGCAGCUCUUCGGGCAGGACAUGCAAGUCUUCCUGCCCUCCAGACACGGUUUCCCAUUGGACCUGGUCCUCGUAUUCUUUCGGCGAAACCUUCACAUCCCCACGGCACAGUCGACGGCGCUCGCGGUGCGGAUCCUCGCGCACAACAUCGGCGCUCUGGACGCGGCAUGGGUCAUGUCACAUCUGUGUGCUGACCUGCCUGCUGGCGAUUCGCUGAGGAAACUGGAGGUAUGCACGUUCGGCGCGACGACAGCGGAGAUGACGGUGCCCCUCGGCAACCACUGCGACGUGAGCUACCCUACCGUCACCCACUUCGCGAUUGAGGAAGACCCUUUUGCACAAAUUGGCGUGUUUCUGGGAGUGCGCCAGAGACUGGAAGGCCGUCUCGCCGGAGGUCUGUUUACCAUCCAGGACAGCCCCGGGGCGCCAACGAGCCGCGGGAUUCUUCCGCAGAGUCGCAGUUACACACUGGACGGCUACCUCGAUGUCCUGUUCCCCGACGAUGAUCCCUUGGCUGGAGUUCUGGGCCAUGUGUGCCGGAUCGACCGCGAGGUCAGCGAGAUGCGGGCGCAGAGCGUUGGCAGCAGAGACCGGCGGACACGAAGGGGCAGCCGGGGUAAGCGGCUGAGCUGGACGGCACUAGGGGCCGUGGCGGACAGCCUGUCCAGCGGGUGCGGUGACCACGACGAGAUGGCCGGCGCGUUCUCGCUGAGCGAGGUCAGACGUAGGGACAAGGCGCUCGAAGGCAUGAAGGGGUACGAGAACAACCGCCUGGCUGAGGCCGUCAGGGCCCGCCACCAACUGCGCUGCUGCGUGGAAUGGGACGGUGCAGCUGUCAGUCAUUGUCAAUAUCUAGGAUGCUAG